GGGGCAGAAGGGAGCGGUUAGAGGUGGGGGUUGGCGCUGCGGGCCGGGCGGGGGCCGCGGAAGCUGCGAUGCGGACGGGCCCGCGGCAGUGACCCGAACUGCCGCCCGACAUGAACUCGCUGGAGCAGGCGGAAGAUCUCAAAGCUUUUGAGAGGAGACUUACUGAAUAUAUUCAUUGUUUGCAACCUGCCACUGGACGUUGGAGAAUGCUUCUUAUAGUGGUAUCUGUCUGUACAGCUACUGGUGCCUGGAACUGGUUAAUAGAUCCUGAGACACAAAAGGUGUCCUUCUUCACAUCAUUAUGGAAUCAUCCGUUUUUCACCAUUAGCUGUAUAACUCUAAUAGGCUUGUUCUUUGCCGGAAUACACAAGAGAGUAGUUGCACCAUCAAUUAUAGCUGCUCGAUGUCGAACGGUAUUAGCAGAAUACAAUAUGUCUUGUGAUGAUACAGGAAAACUAAUUUUGAAACCUAGGCCUCAUGUUCAAUGACAGUCUGCACUCAUUGUUAUGGGACCUAAAACAGCCUUUCUUCAAAUAAGUGAUACAGCAAAAAGCCAUAAAGGAUUCCUUUGCAGUUGGAUAUGUGAAGGUCAUAGCAACAACUGACAAGAAGUGUGCAAUAUUUACCCAGAUUAUCUUGAUGAUGAUGACUCACGUUAUCAGUGCUUUGGUACCUUUGAUUACCUGUGUUUCAGUAUUAGUGUCACUUUAGUACUUCAGAUCCUGCAAAGAUUUUUGCAGGUGAAGUAUGUAUGUAUGUAUGUUACUAAGUUAAACUUAGAAACAGAAACUCAUUCAGUUUUUAUAAUGUAUUUUUGCAGAUGACUGUAAAUAGCAAAUCAAUGCCAAUGUUAAACAAAAAGAAAAAUGUUGUAUGGACUUUGUUCUCCUGCACCAGUAUUUCAGGAACAUCUGCUUGCCAUCCCACAGCUCUUUAAGACCGGCUAUUAUGUGUGCCUUUCAUUCUUAUACUUUUUUUUUUCUUUCAAGAGAACAGAUAAGUGACAUACACUUAUCUUGUAUUCAUACUGCGGGACAAACAUUGGAUUCAUGAGGAAAACUCAUCUCCAUUAUGUUGUAAGAAAUUAUAGAUGAUUUGAGAAACACUUUUUGUUAAACUAGAUAUUGAACUCCAGCAACUAUUGUGGUUAUAUUUUUCAGUUUAUUGUUUUCAUUUAAUGCUAAAUAUCAUUUAUAUUUUUUUAAUAAUUUUAAGAACACCCCAAAUGCUUGUGAAUAUGCAAGUUUAGUAAUAAUUAUGUGUUGUCUGGGAAUUUGACAGUUAUUAUUUUAAAUAACUGGAUUUCAUGCUGUGGUGGGCCUGCUGUGACACUGGUACUGCACAGGUGUAAUUGAUCAUCCGCUCCACUGCAGGAUGGCGUGGGAGCCGAACCACAAACUAGUCUACAAUUCUCACUGUUCAGAGAGUGUUAAUGACAUACUGUGUAUGCAUAAUAGCCACAUGUACUAUAAUAGCCCUUAAAAUCAAACUAUUGGGAUUGCUGUAAAUAUUUUAAAGUACUAGAGGUGCCUUUUACCUGUUUAUUAAAAGAUUUUGAAAAGGUUAAAUUAUUUCAUGAGCAAUCUUUUAAAUUUCAUUUAACAUAAAGUUGAAAAUUCAAUAACAAGACAAAAACUUUUUAGUAAGGCUGCCAUUUAACUUAAAUGUUCAUCUUAGCUUUCACAUGUAUAAAAUUUUAUUCUUUGAACUGCAGCAAUAAAAUCCUCUGUUCCUAAAAAGUCUUAAGAGGGUAUUCUAUAUAUUCUGCUUUGUUUUAUUUUCUGUAAAUUUUGUAGGUAAAUAUGUGCAUUAAAAUAAAUACUUUAUAUAUAACCA